ACACAUUACCGCCAUAAAUUAAUUAUCAAAAUGACGAUCCGACCACUGUCGGCGGCACUCAAGAAGAAAGCCGCAAAGGAAAUAAAUGAAGAUGAUCGCAGAAUAGCUACUGACAUCACGGCGUUGAGGCACUGGCUAAAGAAACAGCCUCAUCUUCAUGCUAUACAACCAACUGAUCAAUGGUUGCUGGCAUUUCUACGGGGAUGCAAGUUCAGCCUGGAACGUACAAAGGAAAAACUGGAUAUGUAUUAUACUUUAAAAGCGUUGGUGCCAGAGUUUUUAUCUAACAGAGAUCCUAUGGAUCCGAAGAUUCAAGAAAUACUGAAAUUAGGUCUCUUCUUACCACUGAGGAAAUGUCAAGGUGAAGAUUCAUCUCGCACCUGUAUCGUGAGGAUCGGGGUGUUAGAUGCCUCCAAGUACCACCUGACGGACGUGCUGAAGAUCGCCUUCAUGAUCACGGAGAUCAUGAUGCUGGAGGACGACAAUUUCAAUGUGGCUGGCGAGGAAGUAAUCGUCGACAUGAAAGGUGUGGGGAUCAGCGUGCUGAGCCAAUGGACCCCAACGUUAGCAAAAAAAGCCAUCUCAUGCUACGAGAAGGCUUUCCCAGUGCGCGUGCGUUCCAACUACAUAAUCAGCACUCCACCAGGGUUCGAGGCUGCGUAUGCUAUUUUAAAAACCUUCCUUGGAGAAAAACUGAAGAAAAGAAUAAAGGUUUAUAACCAGGACUAUAAAGCUAUAUACUAUGCCGUCCCGCAAGCAAUGCUCCCGACGGAAUAUGGAGGACAAGACGGAUCUCUCCAGGAAUUGAUUGAUUACUGGAAGCUGAAAGUAGAGAACUACCGCGACUGGUUCGUGGCGCAGGAGGCGGCGCGGUCCGACGAGGCCAAGCGGCCCGGCGCGCCCGCCACCUCCUCCACCCUGUUCGGCGUCGACGGUUCCUUCAGGACUUUGCAGUUCGAUUGAGGGAUUUUUAAUAAAACUUAUCAGUGCA